CAGUUGUCGCUUGUUGUCGCUGUGACGUUCGCCGUUCUUCUCCGUGUUCUAUCGCCGUACGCCGUUUUCACUUGCAAAAAAAUAACAAAAAAAAAAAAAAAAACAGUAAAAAAUACACACACACAAUUGAAGAUAAGACCAAAAAUCUCAUUAAAAUAAAACAAAAUAUUAGAAUAAAACUUGAAGUCAAGCAAACAUUUGCUGAAUUGUAUUAAAUAAGAAAAAAGGCGUAGAGUAAAUUCAUAUUUUGCAAUUUAACUAAAAUGCAGUACAUCUAUGUGAUUAGCGCGCUAAUUUUGGCAAUUGCCGUGCAGCAAGGCGUUGCCAUCAAGUGUUUUGUGUGCAACAGUCAUAAAGACGCCAACUGUGCGCUGGAUAUUCCGCCCGACAAUUUGCUCAAGGACUGCCAGGAGGAGUAUUCGACACGUGGCAAGGGAUUGCCCACCUACUGCCGCAAGAUCACACAGAUCAUUGAGUUCUCUGUAAAUAGCCUGCCGCCAGAUAGCCGUGUGAUACGCACCUGCGGCUUCCAGAAUCAAACAUCGACUAAUUAUUGUUAUCAGCGUGCCGGCUUUGGAGGCCGACAGGUUGUCUGCUCCUGUGAUACGGACAAUUGCAAUGGUGCCGCUUCCCUGAGCGGCAUCUCGACCUUGGGCCUGCUGGCCACAGUUGGCCUCCUCCUGGGCGCCUUCAAGUGGUUGCAGCGCUAAACAAGCAACAACAACAGGCACAGAUAUUUUUUUCUUUUCUUUUUAUUUUCCAUUUUGAUUAUUGUUUUUCAAUGCAAGCCACACAAAUUUGUUUUUCUGUUAUGCUGUCGCUGAAUUAUUCCCAAAAGCAAAAACUCUCUCAUUACUCCUCAGCUGCUACAGUCUCUGUUGUGUUUUUUCUACGCAAAAAAAAAACGUCAAAAGCUUUAUAAAAAACAAAAACCAAAACCAAAAAACCUAAUAUUUAAAAACUCUUUGAUUGUAAAUAAAAAAAGGAAACAAAUUAAACAAUUGGCCAAUAAAAGUAUAUUUCAAAUAACAUGAAAGUAUUAUAAAAAAAAAUUAAAGACCUACCGCAGUUAGUAACAGUAUUUAAAGCCCCACAAUAAAAACUGAUUAAUUAAAUAAAUUAAAAAAAUGUUAUAACUAAGGCUAAUAAAAAUAAUACAAAACAAAACACGACAAAUAUAAAUAAACUUAGUGGUACAUACAUAUAAAAUAAAUGUUAACACUUGUUGUCUGAGUUUAUCUUUUCUUAAUUUCAUAAAAAACCAACUUAAAAAAAAAAAAGUAAAAACAGCUUAACAAAAAUUAUUUAAAAAUCAGCAGACGUGCUUAACAAUUGCAUAAAUAAAUAAAUAGUGAAACAAUUUCUUAGUCUAAUUAAUAAUGAUAUAAAAAAGAACAUAAAUGUCAUCGAGUCAAAUUUCGUAACACUCCCCCCAAAAAAAGGAAAAAAAAAAACUUCUAGGUUAAGUUGAACACGCUUGAGGAACAUCAUCCGAGGGCAAGCGACAAACACGCCCCAAAACACAGAAAAAUACUGAAAAAAAAAAAAUAAAACUCACUCGUUGUAACCAACUGCCAAAAAACAAAAUAUGAAAUCGUUUUGAAUAUGAAACAAACCAUAAUCUAACGCACAGAAGAACAGCUCGGCAACUGGAGCAGUGUGAAAGAGAUAGCCAUAUGGAAACACUGUGAAAAAAAACGUAGUAGAAACCAAAAAGCCACAAAAAACCCUUUGAGUUCAAAUUGUAACUCACAAAACGCAGGACAACACAUUUUCUAGAGACAAAUUUUAAGUUACGAAUCCUUCUCUCUCUUUAAUGCAAUACAAUUUUAAAAUGUUUGACCGAAAAAACAAAAACAAUAAAUAUUAUUAAAAAAAAUAUAAUACAAAUUUUUGACUUGUUGUGUAUAAGCUAGCAUUGGAAUUGUACUUAUAUUAAAUACAGUGAGCACCCGAAACAAAUAGAAUAGUCUGAGAUAUGUAACUAUCGUUCUACAUUGGGAGUGAUCACUGUACUCGAUUACUUUUCACUUAGCAUGAACAACUACAAUUAUACAAUAAAAGCGAUUUGACAUUUGUCUUUUUUGUUCGUCCAA